AUGGACGACGACGAGGUGAGCGAUUACUUCCGCUCGAAUUUCCUGGCGCUCCAAAAGACGGUCACUCCGCAUGAUAUGAAGAGAUUCCUAUCCUCGAACGACAAUUCGGAGAGGAUCGGUUUCCUGCUACGUUGUCCGCUGAUGUACGAUUUGCCAGUGCAAGUCGCCGAGAACGCCGAGAUGCUGAAGAACGGGAGGAAGGCUCUGCAAUUGAAAGACAUCGGCAACAGGUACUUCGGCCGCGGUGAAUUUCUCAAAGCGUUGGAAACUUACUCGAACGCGGUUCUACUGGCUCCACGGAAAGAUUUAGGCGUUAUAUUGGCGAAUCGUUCGGCAACGCUUUACCACCUGGAGAAGUACAACUACGGUCUGACAGACGCGGAAGAAGCUUUGCGCGUGGGAUACCCGCAGGAACUGUUGUACAAGAUUGAAGAAAGACGCGCCAGAUGUUUGCUCGGGUUGAAAAGGCACGACGAGGCUGUGCUGGCAUUCAGAAACGCUCUGCAAGCGUUGGACACAGCGAAAUUAACAUUGGACAAAAAACAGAAGCUCGAAGCAGACAUCAGAGUUAUGCUUGCUGUGAUAGACAAGGGUAACCAAUUGGCGCAGAAGACGCCGAAGAUUCCUCAACAAGGGAAAAUCGGCGAGUCGAAGAGAACGACGCCAAAGAUCGACGACUGCAAUCAAUUGUAUCCUUCGUGUAGCAAAGCGAUCGAAAUUAGAGACGAAGGCGGUAGCAUUGGUAGACACGCCGUUGCUACCAAGGACAUCGAGCCUGGCGAGAUACUAGCGAUAGAAAAACCGUAUUGCGCUGCCUUGUUAUCCGAAUAUAGACUCACAAAUUGUUACUACUGUUUCACCAAGAUAUUCGUGCCGAUGCCAACUAUCUGCGAAACGUGCAACUGCGUGGCUUACUGCAGUGUUGCCUGCAGGAACAAGGAUGCCAAGACCCACGUGAACGAGUGCACGACAUUACCCAGCUUGUGGGCCUCGAAUACCUCUGUAAACUGUUUCUUAGCCUUGAAGGCGAUCAUUCAGCGACCCUUUGACGAAUUAUUGAAACUCAAAGACAAGCUAGAAACUUCGAAGGGUAGAGUAGAGAUCUCGGCACAGCGGCCCUAUCGGACAGACGACGUUGAAACUAUCUAUGGAUUAGUAAUGCACGCGGAUAAAAGAACGCCGGAGGAUAUUUUCCACAGAACCUACAUAGCCAGUUGGCUAUUGAGACUUUUGAAGACAAGCCCCUACUUUCCAGAAACUGUGAAAACCCCAGAUACAGCAAAAGGGAAACCCUCCGACGGCGAGUUAUACAUAGGAGGUUUGAUUCUUCAUAAUCUAAUGAUAAUACAGUUCAACGCUCACGAAAUAUCAGAACUCGCUAUACCAAAAGGCAACAACACCCUAGCGAAAGCUAAAAACAAAUUUAUCGGUGGAGGACUUUACCCGACGAUAUCGCUGUUCAAUCACUCGUGCAAUCCUGGCGUCAUCAGGUACUUUGUCGGCACCACUAUGGUUGUACGGGCAAUACGCUCUAUUCCAUCAGGAGAGGAAGUCUCCGAGAACUACGGGCCGAUUUUUGCAACUUCCCCGGAAGCUGAACGGAAAAGGAAACUGAGAUUACAAUAUUGGUUCGAUUGCAAUUGUGAAGCGUGUGCAGCACAUUGGCCCAUUUUAGAAGAAAUCGAUCAGACCGUUCUACGAUUUAAAUGCGAGUCCGGAAGAGUAUGUGGAAACGUUCUACCUAUAAAAACAGACACAAACGAAUUUAUGAUCAGAUGUCCAAAAUGUGGCAGGAACAUGAAUAUUUUCAAAGGUUUAAAAGCUCUGCAAGAUACAGACGUCAUUUUUAAAACAGCUUCCAGAAAACUCGAGGAGGGAAAACACCAAGAAGCGUUAAAAUUUUAUUUGGAAAUUUUAAAGCUCCUGGACGAAAACCUUGCUUUGCCCAUAAGAGAUUAUCAUCUUUGUCAACAAGGUGUUCGAUUAUGUACGCUCCCUUUCGGCAAUGUGUCUUACGUCUAAGAAUUUAUCGCGUCCAAUCAAUAAUUUAACGAGGAAAGUAAUUCAAGCCGAAACAUAAUUUCAACGUGUGUAUGUGACCAAUUUUUUUUUCCUUUUUUAACUGAACGUUUAAAACGGGACAAGAAGUAUAAAAUAUAUCCAACACCGGUAUACUAUUACUUCAGUAUUUUAUUAAUUCCUAUUAAUGAACAUCAAACUGCUAUUCGCAAUAGGUAAGCCAAAACAAUUAUACCAUACACUUUUAUUUUAAAGUCUUAAGUUCGUAAGAGUACAAAAUAAUUAAUACAACAUAAAAC